CAAGGCAAAGACUACCGUCUGAUCAUUCAUCGACGGUCCACGCGAGGCGCAGGUGGUCCCUGGCCCCGUUGCUUUUUGCUCCGGCGUAUAAAUAGAUGCUCAUUGCCGAUCUCCAGUCCCCACAAGAACUCGGUCCACUCUCGCCAAUCACUACUCUUUCUCUCUCCCUCUCGCAAACUUGCUGUUCUUCUUCUUCGCCUUCUUUUAAGAACCAAAAUUCAAAUUUGGGCACUGGUUUGGUUUACAGAAGACGCUGCGAACCGUCGGAGAUGAAACCGGCGUCAGAGUAUAUGAUAAGGUUAUCGAGGUACAGAGCGGGGAACUACUAGCGGGAAGAUCAACGGCUGAGGAUGAAUCUGGAGAGCUUCAAUCCGAAAAUGGACGGUCCCAGAAGCCCCGCGAAGCUUAGCAGGACCAACUCCUCCUUCCUCCGCUCUUCCCCUACGAUUCGCUCCUCAAUACAGAGCUUGUCCUCCGUCAGCGAGAUCUCUCCCGAUCAGCAGAUACAGGACCUUGAGGAGCAGAAGCCUCACAGCAAACCCGUUCCGGCGCCGGUUCGGUCGGGUUCGCCACGAUUGGCGACGGUUAUCGUCAUUCUCCUGCUGUCAGUGUACACUCUUUUUGCUUUCUUCAAUAGGGAUGACAUGUCCGCUUCAGAGAAUCUCCUUUUAGCUCUAAUUUUCGUGGCGGUUGUGCUCUUCGUCGUCUCCAAAAACAUGGCCGCAGUGAACAGGAAUUUGAGGCUGUUCAAGCACGUGUAUGACGAGUACGCCAGAAAGUUGGGGAUACUUCGGUUUCCUCCCAAAACGCAUUCAAAGCCGGUACAGUGGUACAUUGGAGAACCCGAUUUAGACGAGCUGGAAAGAAAACAGCGUAGCAAGGAGAAGAGUGGAGUUUCGAAGGUUAUAAGAGAAGGUGUGGAAUUUUACAGCAAUGGUGAUUUCUACGAAGGUGAGUUUCAUAAAGGGAGGUGCAAUGGGAGUGGAGUGUACACUUAUUUUGCGAAUGGAAGGUACGAAGGGGACUGGAUUGAUGGGAGAUAUGAUGGCUAUGGGAUUGAGAGCUGGGCAAGGGGCAGCAGAUAUAGAGGGCAGUAUAGGCAGGGCUUGAGGCAUGGCUAUGGGGUCUACAAGUUUUACACGGGGGAUACAUAUUCUGGAGAGUGGUGUAACGGGCAGAGUCAUGGAAUUGGAGUGCAGACUUGUGUGGAUGGGAGCUGUUAUAUUGGAGAGUUCAAGUGGGGCGUUAAACAUGGACUUGGCUGUUACAAUUUCAGGAAUGGAGACAGAUAUGCUGGGGAGUAUUUUGAGGAUAAGAUCCAUGGUUUUGGUGUCUAUCACUUUGCCAAUGGCCAUUGUUAUGAAGGGUCAUGGCACGAAGGUCGAAAGCAAGGCUACGGCAUGUAUACUUUCCGUAAUGGCCAUACCCGAUGUGGCGAAUGGAACUGCGGGAAUCUUCAAACCCGCCUCCCUCCUAAUGCUGAUGCAGUUCUCGGGGCGGUUGAGGCAGCUAGAAAAACAUCAGAAAACGCCACCCACCUUCCUCGGGUCGAUGAACAGGCAAACAAGGCAGUGGUGGCUGCGAAUCGGGCAGCCACUGCUGCAAGAGUUGCUGCUGUCAAAGCUGUUCAAAACAGGAUAGAUGGGAAGUUUUGCGACACUAAUCUUUGACAUAAAUGUGGUAAAUGUAAAUUUACUAAGUCGUAAUAGCGAGGAACCAAUCGGGCGCCCCGGUGAGGCAAAAGCAGCCGGCCGGUGGUGGUCUCAAAGAGUAGUAGUAUGUAAGAUUUUUGCUUAAUAGACCAUGUUGUAGUAACUUGUACAUACUUCCAACAACCAUGUGUCUUAAAAGUUUUAAGUUGGAAUGAAAUGAAUUUCCUGCAAGAAACAUCUUUCUAAUCCAAUCCACUCCACUUUA